CGACACAGAAGCGCUAUAAAUGAAAGCAUGUCAAGAAUUCCAUCCAUCACAUUGACAAGCUCCAUCCAGAGGGCUUCACCAGUCAGAAAACCAAACUGGUGCAGCAAAGUCACCAUGCUGAGGGCAUUCAGACUUCCCUCUCUCCUCACCUGCAUGCCCCUUCUGUUCUGCCUCAGUUGCUUGGGGGAGGGCCAGCCUCGCUGGGCCAAUGACGGCCCACCUGGUGUGGGCAAACAGGACAGCCAAAAGGUCCUCCUCCUGGAGGCUGUGAAGACGGGAAUCCUCAGCUCUCUGGGCAUGGACAGGGAGCCCGGGCCCAUCCAAAAGGCCUCAGAUCAAGGUCUGACGACGAUGCAUCAGCUUUACAGAGAAAAACUUCGGGAGUUGAGAAGAAACUCUAGCCAGUCACAAAGGAAAUCCUGGCGUUUGCCAAACAGUAUGACUACUGUGCUCCUCCAAGCUACAGUGGAGCCAGUAAAAGUGCAUGAGGACCAGGGGGUGGCCCCACAAUCACAUCAACACAUACAGUGGUACAGAGCCGUUUUCCUUAAAAACCCCAAUAUCCGGUCUGAUUUGACAUUAGCGCGAGCAGAGCUUAAGAUUUCCAGACAGAUUUUGGUGAAAUUACGGCCUGAUCAGUCUAAAAUCAGACAAGAGAUACAAGUGAAUGUCAGUGGAAUGAGGCCAAUAAAAACCAUUGUACAGACACACAGAGACACGCUGGUCCAAUCAAAUAUUUCAAGCACUCAAGCUUUGACUUUGGACGUUGGACCCGGGGUAGAGAAGUGGAGGAGGAACAAUGGCAGUCAGCCACUUUUUGUGGAGAUAGGUCUGGCUGUGGCUGCAAUAGAUGAGCCUGAGGCAAACCCCAGGGUGACUCUGGAAAUAGACCUCACAAGGCCCAAACUGGCAAGGCGAAGGAGACAGCCUCGCUCAGUCAAAGAGGACGACUGCAACGAGCAAGGAUGGUGCUGCCGCAAGUCUGUCACCGUGUCGUUCAGAGAGAUUGGCUGGUCAGACUGGGUAGAGGCACCAACCAGCUACACCAUGCAUUACUGCGACGGCACCUGCCCCCACAACUACAAACCAGCGAGCAUGCACACGCAGGUGAAGUCACGACUGCACCAGAUCACCAAAGGGGGGACACAUCGCCCCUGUUGUGUGCCAGCAACCUACGAGCCCAUGAUCCUCAUGCACUAUGACAGUAAAGGAAAGCUGACGCUGACUUCGUUUAAUGACCUGAUUGUCAGUAAAUGUAACUGUGCCUGAGUCCACUCGGGCACAAGACGGACAGGCUUUUUGGAAAAGGCACCAAAAAGCCCAAGCAGACAUAGCAAUUUCUUUUUAACUUCAGUUUUAAUUGAGGCAAUGCUGCCAGACUGAGUAAUAACUGUCCAUGAUGAAAUAGAAAAAGAGAUGGUAACACCUUCGAGGGUGAUUAGUAGUGUUGCUGUUGGGGUUUUCUAUAGCGAGCUCAGAAAUGAAAUUCCAAUCACAAAUGCAUUUGGGAGAAAUGAACAUACUCCUCUUGCACAUUACCAUUGAAUAUCUUAAAAUUGUUUGUAACUGGUUAUCUUUCAAUGUCUAAAUAUUUAUUCUAAGUUAUAUUUUAAAGUCCUGAACUUUUUUUGCAAUGCAGUUAAAUGUUAUGGUGCAAUCUUUAGCACUCUAUGUAUUGUUCUUUUCCAUGUGUGGCUUAAAAGUACUGCAUUGCUUCCUGAGGUCUGUUUUCUAGACAUUUUGUUCGAUAUAUUGAAUUUGUAGUGUCUUGCACAUUUCAUUGAUUACAAGAUUACAUGAAAAGAAACUGUUACUUUUUAUUCAUGUUGAACUAUUGCACUUGAAGCACAUGCCCAAUAUGCACAUUUUGGAAUAAACGACA